GCAGCCGCGGCGGCCAUGGCGGUGCGGCUGCUGCUGGCCCGGGCCCUGCGGCUCUUCCCGCGGUGCCGCCCGCCCUGCGCUCCCCGCGCCCCCCGCCCCGGCCCCGGCCCCGGCCCCGGUCCCGGUCCCAGCCGCGACCCCGGCCCCGCGCCCGCCGCGCCAUGGCGGCCCUGGCUGGCCUGGCUGCCGGCCGCCCGCCGCCUGUUCCUGCGGGGCCCGGCGGGCGGGCUGGCGGCCGUUGCGCGGCGGGGCCGCGGCGGCGGUGUCUGCCUGGCGCUGGCCAUGGCGCUGGGCCUGGUGGAGCCGCGGCUGGAGGAGCAGCGCCGAGCUGAGGCGGCGUGUCGCCACAUCCAGACCGUGUUUGUUGGGAAGAACAAGCCGCAGAAAGAUCCCCUGAGCUCCUUCCGCUGGCAGGGCUUCAAGCUGGAGGAAUAUCUCAUCGGCCAACCCCUCGGGAAGGGCUGCAGUGCUGCUGUGUACGAAGCAGCUAUUCCCUUCUGUCCCGGUCCUCGAGAUGGUGUGGAGAGCAGCCAGCUCCCAGCCACGCAGCAGGAACGUGGCUCAGCUUCCCAGGGGGCUGAAGAGGAGCCUGUAGUGAAGCAGCAGCCAAAAGGGGCUUUUCCCUUAGCUAUCAAAAUGAUGUGGAACAUUUCGGCUGGUUCCUCAAGUGAAGCCAUCCUCGAUGCCAUGGGCCGAGAGCUCGUCCCAGCCACAGGCGCUGCCUUGUCCGGGGAGUACGGGGCCAUCUCUGGCCGCAGAAAACCUGUCCUUGGGAGGAAGAAGCUGCAGCCUCACCCGAAUAUAAUCCAGGUGAUCCGAGCGUUCACAUCCUCCGUCCCUUUGCUGCCUGGAGCCUUUGCUGACUAUCCUGAUGUCCUCCCUUUGAGCCUGAACCCCAGAGGGAUCGGGCACAGCCGCACCCUCUUCUUGGUGAUGAAGAAUUACCCCUGCACGCUGCGCCAGUAUCUGCAGGAGAACACUCCGGAUGUUCGCCUCUCCACAGUGAUGAUUCUGCAGCUCUUGGAAGGCGUGGACCACCUUGUUCGACAUGGAAUAGCACACAGAGACCUCAAAUCUGACAACAUCCUGGUUGAAUUUGAUUCUGCUGGCUGCCCCUGGCUGGUCAUCACUGACUUUGGCUGCUGUUUGGCAGAUGAGAGCAUUGGCCUGAGGCUGCCCUUCACCAGCUCCUACGUGGAUCGGGGUGGCAACGGCUGCCUUAUGGCACCUGAGGUGAUCACAGCAUCACCUGGUCCAGGCACAGUGAUCAACUACAGUAAAGCUGAUGCCUGGGCUGUUGGAGCAAUUGCCUACGAAAUCCUGGGCCUGGCCAAUCCUUUCUAUGGCCAUGGGGACUCGACUCUGGAAAGCAGAAGUUACCAGGAGGAGCAGCUGCCAAGCCUGCCCGACCAUGUGCCCCUCGAGGUGAAGCAGGUGAUAAAGAUGCUGCUUCAGAGAGAUCCCAACAAGAGGCUGUCUGCGAGAGUGGCUGCGAAUGUGCUGCACCUGAGCCUCUGGGGUGACAGUGUUGUAGCAUCCAGGAGCCUGAAACCUGACCAGAUGAUUGCCUGGCUGCUCUGCCAGUCUGCAGCCACCCUGCUCACCAACAGGCUGGCAGAGACGAGCCAGGUAGAAACCAAAAUGAAGAUGUGCUUCUUGGCAAACCUCGAAUUUGAAGACCUCUGGGCAGCAAUAUUCCUGUUGUUGGCCUGGAGAAGCCACUCUGGGUGAAGGAACCCCCUGGAACACGAGCAUCCCACAUAAAUGGCACUUUCUAAAGGCACAUAGGAACCUGUCCUUUCUGUCUGUCUGGAAUCCUGUAGUGCUUUAGGGAACAAGCUGCAGGCCUGUGUUUAGGAGCUUGAGUUUCUCUCAAGCAAGUGUUAACCAUGCUGCUUUUGUGUCCCUGCUAGAGGAGAUGCCCUUGCUUCCUUACCCUCUGGGGGGAGGUUGUGUGGAGCUUGCAGGUGUCCAGAGGUGCGUGGUUGGUUUUGCUCCCGUUUGGGAAUUCAGUGACUUGUGAGUUGUGUGUUGAGUGGAGCAGAUUCCUUUCAGAGGGGUGGCUGGGAGGAGGCAGCGUCUGGCUGCAUUUUGCAUAGGAACAUCACAAUUUAAACAGCACCCAGAAAUCCAAGCUGGCAAAGGGACCUGCAGUCUCUGUUCUUGGGGUAACCAGGCUGGCUUGAAACUCAUUUUCUUCUGAGCUGUGAAAUGACAGCCUGAAAACUUCCUGAUGAGGUGCUGCCUGGUAACGUGAGCGUCAGCAGCACUAAAAACCUCGCAGUUGUACGCAGGAGAGUGGAAGCACAUCAUCCUCAAAUCCCGCUUAUCGUUGUUUUUAACUCUUGUAGCUCUGUGGUGGCAGCUGCCCCAGGCUCCAAGGCUGAGUCAGACUCUCCAGUUAGGGAUAAUUCUCCAAACAAAGUGAAGUUGGGCAGCAGCCCCUGCUUGAAGAGCUUAGUGUGAUGCUCUGCUCUUUUACCUGCCUGUGUUUCCUUCAGUGAAAUAAUAUCCUUUGGUGGGGAGGACGGGAGAAAUCAAUCUUUAAGUAACAACAGCCAUGGUUAUGAAACAGCAUUGAAUUUCAUGGCUAUAAUUGUGUUUAGAGGAACUCGGGGGCAAAGUUAUUUAUGCUUGUCGCACAAUAAAUUAAAGAUGAAGCUC